AUGGCACUCGCCUGUUUAUCCUCUAACCACAAUCACCCACGUUCUCCUCUGCAGAAUGUGGUCUCAAAACACUGUGCCACCUUUGCCGGUUUCGAUCAACAGGACAGUUUGGAGUUUCUGCUAUUUCUUCUGGACGGGUUACACGAGGACAUGAAUGAGGUAUGCUGCUGUUUCUGUUUGACAGUUGGUUAUUCGAACUGUUCAAUUUAUGCGUUUUAUGGAGUUGAUUUUCACUGUUCUUCCCUGGGCACAUCGUAUGGUCAACUGUUGUCCGUGAUCGAAUGUCGACACUGUGAUAAACGUUCUUCCAAAUUCGACGCCUUCAUGUGUCUCUCCCUGCCGUUGCCCGGUUACUCCACUUGUAGCCUUCAGGUAAGUUCUGUGAUUACAACAACUAUCUUUACUGAUCUCUUUUGUACUAUCCUCACAAUCAUUUUGGUCAUAAUCAAUCAAUCAAUCAAUGCGGCAAGUGGGGUCAGUCUCAUCAGACAGCAGUUGUUUUUUGUAUACCAUUAUACGUAUUAUGCAUGCAGUCGAUACGAUCAAAUCUACGUAUUUCGCUAUUCUGCCUCCACUCGAUCCCCAUCUCCUCGUCUGAAGACAUGUAUGGGUUUGUUUGGCAGCCCGGAGGACAUGAAAGAUCAAUGGUUCUGUCCGCGUUGUAAACGUCGCACCGAUGCCACAAAACGCCUCACGGUGUGGCGCCUACCAACCUAUCUGAUCAUUCACUUCAAACGGCCGGCAUACAUUUACUUUACUUUACUUUCACCUCGUGUGUGUGUGUGUGUGUGUAAGGGGAGGGGGGUUGUUGAGUUGAGUUUUGAGAGGCCACUUCCAUCAGUGUUUGUCACGGAACCGCCUUUGGGCCCAUGUGGCUUUUGCACAGAGACAGAGGACUACAUCCUGAUAGUAUCGCUAAAAUAUCCAGGUUUACCAGCUGAUUGGUCUGAUUCAAGCAUAUCCCACGCGCUUACGUGUCGUCUAACAUUAGUUUGA